AUGGAUCAACGAGCAGUUCAACAACUUUUGCUCCAGCAGCUUCAAUCUACUGGAGCUUCUGAAGAGGCGCAAUCUGUUCCUCAACCAGAGCUCAACAGCCUGGCUCUCCAAGCGCGUCACUGGGCCGUAGCUCAGCAGCGAAAACAAGAAUACGAUGAGCAACAGCGACAGCAGCAAGCGCAAUGGGAAGCUCAAAAGCAGCGUCAGGAGUAUCAGCGUCAAAUGCAACUCCAACAGCAGCAGCAACAACAAAGAAAUCAUCAAAAUCGGGGUGGAAUGUGGCCUAAUCACCAGGACCAGCAUCAGCAGUACCAGCCUCGAGGAUUUAAUGGCAACCAUUCAUAUCAACAACGCCCAAGACAUGGAGGAAAUCAUCCCGGAAGAGGCAAUUACCAGCAGAAUCACCAGCAACAGAAUCAGCCUCGCUUUCAAAAUACCCCUCGCUUUGAGCCGCAAUUCAAUCCACAAAGACACAAUGCUCCCACUCAGCGACGACCAAGUCAUAAUAACUCUUACUCUCAGAAUCGCCCGACUCCGCAAAGAAAUCAAAUUCCAAAGGAUCUAACUGCCGAUCCUGAUCAGGCGAAAAACUUGCCCAAGUGGAUGAAAGAAGAAAUCGCACGAAUUCAGUCGACAAAGCCAGUUGAGGACCUAAAAGAAAUGGAAACGCACCAAAACGAAGACCUUCAGAAGCUUGCUGACGCUAGUUCUGAUGAAAAUGAAGAAGAAGAGGAAGAAGAUUGGAAAGAAGAAGUUCGAAAAUUAUCGAAAGAUCAACAGGAAUCCGAUCCAGAAUUGUCUGACUCAGAAGAUGUCCUCAUUCGUAAGUUAACCCCGGAACAAAUCCAGGAUGUCAAGACUGAUAUUCUACGCUCUUCUCUUCAAAACAUUCUCCUUUCGGUAACGGAUGAUUUUAUCGGUAAAAUUUGUCGCAACGCUCUCAGCCGAGCCAGCUCGGGGCAAAACACCUCUAAAAGCCAAAAUUCGGCAGGGUUAGGUGGACUGAUGGGUUACGGCUCCGGCUCCUCGGAUGACUCUGAUGAUGAGGAGUCUGAUAAAAAUGACUCCGACUGGUCCGUCGACUCUGAAAAAAUCCGUAAAAAGCGCAAAAUCUUUGAUCGUGAGCAAAGAAAGCGACUUAAGCAAUUCAACAUAGGGUCGGAGGAUAGCUCAAGUACAGACGAUGAAUCUCAGGAAUCAUCGAGGACCGCAAGCGCUCUAGGCGCAGUAGAUCUCGCAGUAAUUCGAGGUCUAACCGCGAUUACAGGGAGAAAAAGGCACGCGAGAGAAAAUCUCGGCGGCACUGAAUUGGGUCCGCAGACUGUGAGAGUCGGCGGACACGUUUACGCCGUCAAUAUCACCAAAAGCCAGAUGGAAGCGCGGAAUAUCGACAGAGAGCGAGCGCGCCAGCUCAGUCGGGAAACAUCACGGAGGCGGCGCGCUUUGCAAGACCGCCGAGCUCAGAUGGAAGCCAAAGAGGAAGCCGCCCGUAAAUCUGAACUGCAAAAGCGUCGAGAACGCCAGCGUGAUGUGACCGAGCGAUACCAGCGUGGAAUGAUCCCCAUGCGCCGUCGAUUUGGUUCGCCGCUACUGCAGAAGAGCUACACCGCUCCGGAACUCAAUGUACAGCAGAAUUUACACAGUUUGUCUGACACCCGCUUCCAAAGUCCCUUUGCUUCUGGCCGAAAAGAUUUAACAGAAGAAGAUGCCAUCAAAGCUGCUCAAUCGAGAAAAGCUUAUUUCGACAAUCUGACUAAGCGCGCUAGAACUCCUUCGGCGACGAAAAGAGAAGAGAUCCCGAAUCCGAUGCCAAGCUCAAGACAAGCAGCAGUGCGACGAAGGCAUUCACAAGAAGUUCAGGAGCUUUCUGAUUUCGUUCCGAAGCCACCUCUCUAUCCAAAGCCUAAAUCAGCAUGGAAUGAUUCCGAUCGUCGCGUUCCACCAGAAGAAGAUUCCUAUAAAGAUGCCUCGGUAGAAGAUGAAAUCGACGAGGUAGAGGAUUCAUCAGACGAUGAUCAAGCAGAAUCAAUCGAGGAUGAAACGAUUCAAGAAACGAAUGAAAACGAAACCUUUGAUGUCGAGCCAGAAAAAGCUCACCUCGUUAUCAACCGCUGCUCAACCCCAGAAGUGGAGGAUGCGCCUGUGAAAAUCGUCAAGCCAGCUCCACCAGUAACAGUGACAGCGACAGUUCAAGUCCCAUCGCCUCCGAAUGGAAGCAGACCUAACGCAGUCGAUCCGAGGAAGCAAAAUUUGUUGAAGAAGCUCUCUGACUCAUCUAUAAAGGCUGAAUCAGUUAUUGAAUUCAACUCAAUGUCGAGGAUCAACGAGACUGUUGAGGAGGUUCCGAAAGUGACAGCUAUACAGCCAAAAGGAAUUCUGAAAAAGAAGAGGUCUCAGAGAAGAGUCGUUUCAGCAGCAGGAAAUCGUGGCAUCAUCGCAGCAUCAAUUCGGGACUCAUUGGAGAUGUCGAAAAAAGCUGUCGAGGAUGAAAAAGUGGAGGCUCCAAGAAACGUGCGAUGGGACAAGCUGUAUUACAACGAUAACACAACCGCUGAAUUUGGUGCUGAUGGUAAAGCAGUAACAGCCGAAGAAAAGACUAAGAAAAAGAAUCCCCGUCGAGUCAAGCUGAAAAACUCGAAGAGUUCGAUCGACAAGAAGAGCUCGACGAAAUCAAGCUCGCCGAGUUCAAAAGCACCGUCAAAAGUGAAGAAAGCAAAGAAGGCGCCAAAAGUGACCGUUACUCCUCAACCGCCUCCAUCGCAAAUGCAAUCUUAUCAUUCUGCUUAUUCAGUGACACCGUUCCCAUCAUCAGGCACUCAGCUUAAAACUGACUAUCCUCAGUACCAACCAGCACCUCCCAAAGUCCCUCGACCAGAUCCAGUCUCGAGAACGCCAAUGCCACCGACAGUUCCUAAGCCGUUGAUUUCAAGGACACAGAUUUUGAGAACGAAGAAAACAGCCCCUGUGACGAAUCCAGUUAAAGUCAUGCACCCGAAGCAGUCCAGGCCUGAUCAGCGAAUGAUGAUUAACUCCAACAAUCAGACCAAUAUCAAUAUCGGAAGUGUAGAAAUCUCACCAGAACCUGCUCUCAACCGAACUCCAACUGAUAAUGAUAUCAACUGGCUCUGGGAGCGAGUACGAGCCGUGCUAGAAAGUCAGCAACAAAAACGACCAAAGAGUUCAACGGUUUACCGACCAAAACCAUCGAGUAAUCCAACAAUGUCCAAGACCCGUCCGCAUUCUGCGCAUGUUCUUGAUUCCAACCAAGCCUUCCUCGUAGCUGAGCAUUUGGCGCAGCAGGGUAUUCCCAACGAUCGAAUAAUGACCGUGUUGAAUCCAGCUACGACGACAAUCUCGAUGGAAGAAGCACAGAUUGAGCAGUCGCUUCAGAGACUUGAUGAAAGACUACAUAACAUCCAAGAAAACGUAGGAUACAACGGUAUCGUCUUCCACAAUCGCCAUUGA